AUGAAACUGAAAGCCAAAAAGGCUGCUUUACUAGCGAAAGCUGAUAUGUUAGAGAGACAACAAUCACUCAAGAGACAGCAAGCUGAGAUACAGCUAGCACAAGAGAAACUAGAACUAGAGUGUGAAAUACAUGCAACAGAGGCUGAAGAAAAGGUAUAUGAAGAUUUUGAAGCUGAACUGACUCAAGGGUCACAUAUUCACAAGCGAGAAGGGCCUCUAAAGGGAUUUCAGAAUAAGACUUUUGACCAAAGACAUACAUCUCUUAAUCCAUUAGCUGGAACAUGGAUUAACAAAGCUCCAGCAGAUAAUAUGCAUCAUAGCUCGGGUAUAUCAGGACAUGUGCACACCAAUGAUGAAAACUUUCAGUCACAUCAGUCCGACUCAAAUGUCUGGCUUAUGCAACAGAAGAUACUAGAGGUAGUGCAGUUACCAAAAAGUGAGUUGAUCAAAUUCGAUGGUGACCCAUUGAGAUACUGGAUGUUCAUAAGGUCAUUUGAAACCAAUGUUGCUCAAACAUCAGUUAGUAGUGGUGCAAAGCUGAAUCGAUUGCUGAACUAUUGUACAGGCAAGGCUUUGUCAGUGAUUGAAUGCUGUUCAGUCAUGGAUCCUGAUGAAGGAUAUAUGGAAGCCCUGAGCCUUCUGAAGACACGAUUCGGAAGAGAGCAUGUGAUAGCAAAUGCGUGGGUGAAGAAGAUUAGCGAAGGUCCAUGGUUGCGACCUACUGACGUUGAAGGCUUGCGUAACUAUGCAGAUGAUCUCAGGAGUGGUAUGCUGACAUUAAAGGCAAUGGGCAAAGUGAAUGAAGUGGACAAUCAGAUACGCAUGGUGAAGAUUGUGUCAAGGUUACCAACCUAUCUCCAAGGAAGAUGGAGGAGGAAGGCAGUUGAACACCUGGAAGCAACAGGUGACUAUCCUGGUAUAGGACAGCUGGUCGACUUUGUACUGCGAGCUGCCGAAGAAGCAAAUGAUCCCAUAUUUGGAGUAGUAUCUGGAAACAGACUAAAGGAUGAUACAACACAGAAUAGACCAAGAUCCUUUGAGAAGAAAGGUGUCAACUACAGUGUGCAAACAAGUGUGUACAAUAAACACUCUUCAGAUUCAUUUUCAGGUUUUCCAAUACCAAAUUGUCCAUUGUGCAGUGGCGAACAUGCACUCUUCAUGUGUGGGAAGUUCAGGGACCUGAAACCUGAGAAGAGACAUGAGUUUGUUGUUGAAAAGAGACUAUGCUUCAACUGUUUUUCGAAUAACCACAUGUCAAGAGACUGUCAUAAGCCCAGCAAGUGUCAGGUGCAGGGUUGUAUGAGAAAGCAUUCAAGAUUGAUACAUCUCCUGGCGAAACCAGAAACUGAUGUUCAUCAAACAUAUCUAAAGGAGAGAAACCUGAGCUCAACAGUGCCUAAACAAGAUAAACCAUUAAGGGUUGAAAGUUCUGCGUGCAAUGUUGUAACUCAAGGACCAAGGGUAGCUCUUCCUGUGGUAAGACUCCAAGUCUCGGUGAAGACUGGUAACAGAAAGAUAUGGACAUAUGCUCUGCUUGACAGUGGAAGCACAAACUCAUUCUGCUCCAAUGAACUAUUUGAUGAACUUGGAGUAGAUGUUUCUGAAACAUCACUAUUGUUGACUACACUGGAGAAAGUGAACAGCACAACGAGUACAAGGGUAGGAUCACUAUUGAUAACGGAUGCAGGGAACAGGACAACCAUAGAACUUUCACACGUAUUUGGGACCAUAAAUCUGUCCAUUUGUGCAUGUGAUUCUGUCAAACAGCAGAACGUUGAUGAGUGGCAGCAUUUGAAGGGUAUGGACUUUCCUAAAGUGGACAGAGUGCAUGUGGGUCUCAUCAUUGGUCAAGAUGUUCCAGUGGCGCUGACACCUAUUGAUGUGCGAAAGGGAAAUGACAAUGAACCUUAUGCCGUGAAAACAGUGCUGGGUUGGGUUCUGAAUGGACCAUUGAGAGUUGUCAGAAAUGGUGAAGUCAUCUCACAUUUUGUCGAUAUUGAUCAAAGACUUGAUGCGCAAGUUGAAAGAUUCUGGAAAAUAGAAAGGUGUGAAUCAUUGUCAAACAGCACAUGUGAAAUGUCGCAGGAUGACAAAAGGACAAUUGAGAUAUGGGAUGAGUCUGCAGAAGUUGUGGAUGGUCACUAUGAAAUAAAAAUUCCAUUCAGGAGCAGGCCUCCGAAUGUAGAGAAUAACUACAUCGUUGCCGAGAGUCGUCUUGAAUCACUUUGCAAACGCUUGUCAAAGGAUGACAAGUUGUUUGAAAAGUAUCAGUCGGGAAUCAAGGAAUUGAUCGACAAAGGCUAUGCUGAAAAGGUAAAGGAACAGGAUAUCAACAAGCCAGGUAAAGGUGUAUGGUAUAUUCCUCAUCACGCAGUUAUCAACGAACGUAAACCAGACAAGUUACGAAUUGUUUUUGAUUGUGCUGCAAAGUAUUGUGGAACUAGUCUGAAUGAUCAAGUCUACCAGGGCCCAGACCUUACGAACAAGUUGAUAGGAGUGUUGUUGCGAUUCCGUGAAGGUCCCAUAGGUAUUAUGGGGGACAUAGAAGGAAUGUUCCAUCAGGUGAAGGUACCAGAAUGUGAUCGAGACUAUCUAAGAUUUCUGUGGUUCUCAGAAGGGGGAAACAAUCAACCAGAAGUCUACCGCAUGACUGUGCACUUAUUUGGAGGGGUGUGGAGCCCAAGCUGUGCAAGUUAUGCACUUAGACGCACUGCAGAGGAUAAUAGUGCAACUUAUGAACCUAAGGUUGUGCAGACUGUUCUUGAAAACUUCUACGUAGAUGACUGUCUCAAGUCAUUAAUGUCAGAAAUUGAAACAAUUGAACAUGUUCAAAAUUUGUGUUCACUUGUAUCACAUGGGGGAUUCAAGUUGAACAAGUGGAUCAGCAACAGCAGAGAAGUGCUUCGAUCCAUUCCUGAAGAACAGACAGCAAAGGGGGUUAAAGGAGUUGACCUUAUUGGAGGUACAUUACCUAAAGAAAGAGCUCUAGGGGUUCUUUGGGACACCGAGAACGACGUCUUUGGUUUCAGAAUUACAAUAAAGAAUAAACCAGACACAAGAAGAGGAUUAAUGAGUGUGAUUGCGUCGGUGUAUGACCCAUUGGGAUUUGUUAGUCCAUACAUUCUUCAAGCAAAGAAGGUUUUCCAAAGUGAAACAAGACUGCACAAAGGCUGGGAUGAACUGUUGAAUCAAACAAACAGUGUGAAAUGGACAAAGUGGGUAGAAGACUUGCCCAAACUGGAGAACUUUAAGUUGUCCCGAUGCGUGAUCACUCAAGCAUCAGAAGAUGGAAGCUAUGAACUUCAUCACUUCUCAGAUGCUUCGUGUGAGGGAUAUGGUGCAGUAUCCUACCUUAGAGUGGUAAAUAACGAUGGGCCAGUUCAAUGUUUUUUACUCAUUAGCAAGUCCAGGCUGGCACCAUUGAAGCAAAUGACCAUACCGCGUUUGGAACUAUCAGCUGCAGUCAUUUCAGUAAAGCUGGACGUGAUGCUUCGUCAGGAGCUGAAAAUGGAAAUUAGUAGAUCAGUAUUCUGGACAGACAGUACAAUUGUGAUACAGUAUAUCAGGAAUGAAAACAAACGCUUUCAUGUGUUCAUAGCAAACAGGAUAGCUCUUAUCCGUGAGAGUUCAGAGCCAAACCAAUGGAGACAUGUGGGCAGUACAGAGAACCCUGCUGAUGACGUGUCACGGGGGCUGGAUGCAGACAAAAUGGUGUCCUCUGACAGAUGGAAACAUGGUCCUGAGUUUCUGUUUCAAGCAGAGUCUGAAUGGCCCACAAGUACCAAUCUCAGUCUAGAAAUUCCUGAUGGUGACAAGGAAGUGAAGAAAGCCACAACAACUUACACAACUGUGACGAAUGGCUGCAGAGAUCUGUUGUUUGACUUGUUUGAAAAAUACUCCACGUGGCACAGCCUAAAACGAGCUGUAGCAUGGAUCCUGAGAUUAAAAGGAAUUCUCUAUAAUAGGACUCACAAGAAAAAGCAAUCUAAAAUGCUGGAUAGUGUGCUCAGUGUAUUGGAGCUGAAGAAUGCUGAGACUGCGAUAGUUCAAGUGUUGCAGAGGAAAACAUAUGAACAGGAGUUGAAGGCACUUGAAGCUGGGAAGCCAAUUGCAAGAAGUAGUACCAUUUAUCGACUGGAACCAAUGUUUAGUCCAAUGGGUGUCUUGUGUGUUGGUGGAAGGCUGCGAGCAGCACCUGUACCUGUUGAGAGCAAGCACAAUAUGAUUCUGCCAAGGGAUAGUCAUGUUACUACCCUAAUUGUCAGACAUUACCAUGAAGUCUGUGGACAUUCAGGCAAAGAGUAUGUGUUGUCCCUUAUCAGACAAAGAUUCUGGAUACCUAAAGGAAGGAAGUUAGUGAGCAAACUUCUGAACAGUUGUGUUGAUUGCAAAAGACGUCAGAAGUCGCCGAAUAACCAAAGGAUGGCGGACCUGCCUAGAGACAGAGUGAGUCCAGGAGAUCCAGCAUUCACCAGUGUCGUAUUGGACUGCUUUGGGCUAUUUAUGGUGAAACGGGGCCGGUCUGAGGUCAAACGUUAUGGAUGCAUCUUCACAUGUUUGACAACAAGGUCAAUACAUCUAGAAAAGUUGGAUGGAUUGGAUACAGAUUCUUUCUUGAAUGGAUUUGUAAGAUUCAUAUCACGUCGAGGAUGUCCGAAGACAGUUCGAUCAGACAAUGGAACAAAUUUCCGUGGUGCAGAAAUUGAAUUGACACGAGCUAUUGAUGCCUGGAAUUUGAAGAGAAUUGGAGAGUUCAUGAGCAAAAAGGAAAUCUGUUGGAUGUUUAACCCUCCUGCAGCUUCUCACAUGGGAGGUGCUUGGGAGAGACUCAUAAGGACAGUUCGUAAAGUCAUGAAUGCUUUGUUGAGGACGAACCGUCCACUGGAUGAUGAUGGUCUUCAUACUCUUUUUAGCGAGAUUGAGUCGAUUGUGAAUGGCCGACCAAUCACAGUGGUAUCAGAUGAUCACAAAGAUGCUGAACCUCUGACUCCUAACCAUCUUCUGUUACUUAGAGCAGGUCCUGAUUUACCUUUGGGAAGUUUCCAAGCAGCAGAUGCAUAUAGAAGACGCUGGAAACAUGCUCAGUUCCUGGCGGACAUAUUUUGGAAACGCUGGACGAAGGAAUAUAUGCCUUCACUACAAUUACGUCAGAAAUGCUUACUGCCAAAGAGAAACAUUAUGGUGGGUGAUAUUGUGCUAAUUCUGAAUGAGAAUUGUCUCCGGAGAAGUUGGCCUUUGGCAAGAGUCGUGGAAACCUAUCCAGGAAAAGAUGGACUAGUACGCAGCGUUAUGGUUCGUACAGGAGGUUCUACGCUAACCAGACCUGUUGACAAGUUAUGUCUGUUGGAAGGAGUCCAUGAGUGA